CCCUCCCCCACCCCUUCCUCCCUCCCUUCGUGCUUAGAGCUGCGGCUGGAGUUGAACGAGCGCACAGCGUCGCCGCCGCCUCUGGUGCGGAGCGUGGGGAGCACUCGGCCACAGCCCUCGCCUGCUGCGGAGGGUCCUGCUCCGCACUGCUGGUCAGGCCGCCGCGUGCCCGGGCCCUUCCGUCCUUGGAGCGGAUUGUUGCCCGCCAGGCGCCCUCCCGCAGCAACAGCGACAGCCAGAGCAGAGGCCGCAGUGGCGGCUGUGUCCAUGCCGGGGUGUCCAUUGCUUUCUUGGAUGUUCUGAGCAGUCACUCAGCAGAAGAGCGAUACAGAAUCCUCUGAAGACAAAUUACUCAAGUUUACAUCAGCCUCCACUACUUGUUGGCAAUAUGACCCCAAGUGUUCACAUUUAGCCUCUUUCCCACCACCACCUUGCCUCACCUCAGCACUGGGAUCUUAGGUGGCCAACUGUCCCUAACUGCGACUGAGUCAAAGCUGCACCUGUGAGAAGGCCUGCCAGACAGGAUGGGGGACAUGGCAAACAGUUCCAUCGAGUUCCACCCCAAACCCCAGCAGCAGCGGGAAAUGCCCCAUGUGGGUGGCUUUGGGUGCACACUAGCAGAACUACGCAACCUCAUGGAACUCCGAGGUGUCGAGGCACUGCAGAAGAUUCAGGAAGCCUACGGAGAUGUCAGUGGGCUGUGCAGGAGGCUGAAGACCUCGCCUACUGAGGGCCUGGCAGACAACACCAAUGACUUAGAGAAACGCAGGCAGAUCUAUGGGCAGAACUUCAUCCCUCCCAAGCAGCCCAAGACCUUCCUGCAGUUGGUAUGGGAAGCCCUGCAGGAUGUGACUCUCAUCAUCCUGGAGGUGGCUGCCAUCGUCUCCCUGGGCCUCUCCUUCUAUGCACCACCUGGAGAGGAAAGUGAAGCCUGUGGGAAUGUAUCUGGUGGGGCAGAGGACGAGGGAGAGGCUGAGGCUGGCUGGAUCGAAGGGGCUGCCAUCCUACUCUCUGUCAUCUGUGUGGUGCUGGUCACGGCCUUUAAUGACUGGAGUAAGGAAAAGCAGUUCCGAGGUCUUCAGAGCCGUAUUGAGCAAGAGCAGAAGUUUACUGUCAUCCGAAAUGGACAGCUCCUCCAGGUCCCUGUGGCAGCACUGGUGGUGGGGGACAUUGCCCAGGUCAAAUAUGGAGACCUUCUGCCUGCCGACGGUGUGCUAAUCCAAGGCAAUGACCUCAAGAUCGAUGAGAGCUCCCUGACGGGCGAGUCAGACCAUGUGCGCAAGUCAGCAGACAAAGACCCUAUGCUGCUCUCAGGCACUCAUGUCAUGGAAGGUUCUGGAAGAAUGGUGGUAACAGCUGUUGGCGUGAACUCCCAGACAGGCAUCAUCUUUACAUUGCUUGGAGCUGGUGGAGAGGAGGAGGAGAAGAAAGACAAGAAAGGCAAGCAGCAGGAUGGGGCGAUGGACAGUAGCCAAAUCAGAGCUAAGAAGCAGGAUGGGGCUGUUGCCAUGGAAAUGCAGCCCCUGAAGAGUGCUGAGGGUGGGGAAAUGGAGGAGCGAGAAAAGAAGAAAGCCAACGUACCCAAGAAGGAGAAGUCAGUUCUGCAAGGAAAGCUCACAAAACUCGCUGUGCAGAUUGGGAAAGCAGGGUUGGUGAUGUCUGCCAUCACUGUCAUCAUCCUGGUCCUCUACUUUGUGAUUGAGACCUUCGUCGUGGAUGGCCGGGUGUGGCUGGCAGAGUGCACACCUGUCUAUGUGCAGUACUUUGUGAAGUUCUUCAUUAUCGGAGUCACUGUGCUGGUUGUGGCUGUCCCUGAGGGCCUGCCUCUUGCUGUCACUAUCUCCUUGGCUUACUCUGUCAAGAAAAUGAUGAAGGACAACAACCUGGUACGCCACCUGGAUGCCUGUGAGACCAUGGGCAAUGCCACAGCCAUCUGUUCUGACAAGACAGGCACACUUACCACCAACCGCAUGACCGUGGUCCAGUCCUACCUAGGAGACACCCACUACAAAGAGAUUCCAGCUCCCAGCGCCCUGACCCCCAAGAUCCUUGACCUUCUGGUUCAUGCCAUCUCCAUCAACAGUGCCUAUACCACCAAAAUACUACCUCCAGAGAAGGAAGGCGCUCUCCCACGCCAAGUGGGCAACAAAACAGAGUGUGCUCUGUUGGGCUUCGUCCUGGACCUGAAACGAGACUUUCAACCUGUACGGGAGCAGAUUCCAGAAGAUAAGCUUUACAAAGUAUACACCUUCAACUCAGUCCGCAAGUCCAUGAGCACGGUUAUCCGCAUGCCUGAUGGUGGCUUCCGCCUCUUCAGCAAGGGAGCCUCAGAGAUCCUGCUCAAAAAGUGUACCAACAUCUUAAACAGCAAUGGUGAACUCCGAGGAUUCCGUCCUCGGGACCGGGAUGACAUGGUGAAGAAGAUCAUUGAGCCUAUGGCUUGUGAUGGCCUCCGCACCAUCUGCAUUGCCUACAGGGACUUCUCUGCAAUCCAGGAGCCUGACUGGGACAAUGAGAAUGAGGUGGUGGGUGAGCUUACCUGCAUAGCUGUCGUGGGCAUCGAGGAUCCUGUGCGACCUGAGGUUCCUGAAGCCAUUCGCAAAUGCCAACGUGCUGGCAUCACAGUCCGUAUGGUGACUGGAGACAACAUCAACACUGCCCGGGCUAUUGCAGCUAAGUGUGGCAUCAUCCACCCAGGUGAAGACUUCCUGUGCCUGGAGGGGAAAGAAUUCAACAGAAGGAUUCGAAACGAGAAAGGCGAGAUAGAACAGGAGCGGCUGGACAAGGUGUGGCCCAAGCUGCGAGUGCUCGCCCGGUCAUCUCCCACUGACAAACACACGCUGGUCAAAGGCAUUAUUGACAGCACAACUGGUGAGCAGAGGCAGGUGGUGGCUGUGACUGGGGAUGGUACCAAUGAUGGGCCAGCUCUCAAAAAGGCAGAUGUGGGCUUCGCCAUGGGCAUCGCAGGCACUGAUGUGGCCAAGGAGGCCUCUGACAUCAUACUGACUGAUGACAACUUCACCAGCAUUGUCAAGGCCGUCAUGUGGGGCCGCAAUGUCUACGACAGCAUCUCCAAGUUCCUGCAGUUUCAGCUGACAGUCAACGUGGUGGCUGUGAUCGUGGCCUUCACAGGUGCCUGCAUCACUCAGGACUCUCCUCUCAAAGCUGUGCAGAUGUUAUGGGUGAACUUGAUCAUGGAUACAUUUGCCUCACUUGCCCUGGCGACGGAGCCCCCAACUGAGUCACUGCUGCUGCGGAAGCCAUAUGGCCGAGACAAGCCCCUCAUCUCACGUACCAUGAUGAAGAACAUCCUUGGCCAUGCUGUCUACCAGCUCACUAUCAUCUUUACGUUGCUUUUUGUUGGAGAGCUCUUCUUCGACAUCGACAGUGGAAGGAACGCACCCCUGCACUCGCCCCCCUCCGAGCACUAUACCAUCAUUUUCAACACCUUUGUCAUGAUGCAGCUUUUCAAUGAGAUCAAUGCUCGCAAGAUCCAUGGUGAGAGGAAUGUCUUUGAUGGUAUCUUCAGCAACCCCAUCUUCUGCACCAUUGUCCUGGGCACCUUUGGAAUUCAGAUUGUCAUCGUCCAGUUUGGUGGGAAGCCCUUCAGCUGUUCACCACUGUCCACAGAACAGUGGCUCUGGUGCCUAUUUGUUGGUGUUGGGGAGCUGGUCUGGGGACAGGUCAUUGCCACCAUCCCCACCAGCCAGCUCAAGUGCCUGAAGGAAGCAGGGCAUGGGCCUGGGAAGGACGAGAUGACUGAUGAGGAGCUGGCCGAGGGGGAGGAGGAAAUCGACCAUGCUGAGCGAGAGCUCCGCAGGGGCCAGAUCCUCUGGUUUCGGGGCCUCAACCGGAUCCAGACACAGAUCCGGGUGGUGAAAGCAUUCCGUAGCUCACUUUAUGAAGGCCUUGAGAAACCGGAAUCCAAGAGCUGCAUCCAUAACUUCAUGGCAACGCCCGAGUUUCUGAUCAAUGACUACACCCACAACAUCCCGCUCAUCGAUGACACAGAUGUGGAUGAGAACGAAGAGCACCUGAGGGCCCCGCCUCCCACACCCCCUAACCAGAACAACAACGCCAUAGACAGCGGCAUCUACCUGACCAUGCAUGCCACCAAGUCAGCUACCUCUUCAGCAUUCUCUUCCAGGCCCGGGAGCCCACUCCACAGCAUGGAGACGUCCCUCUAACCAGAACUUCUGUUAUCACACAUGUAUACACACACAUGCACACACAUACAUACAUACACGCAGUCACACAUGGACACACAUGUGCAUGUACACACAGAGAGGGGAGUCGUGCACCUGCCAAAAAGAGAAAACAUGCUAAAGAGGCUAAAGACUUUUCUUAUGUGGUAUUUGCAAGAAGCCAAUUGCAUUCAAUAAGGGCACAACCCACUAGGCUUCUCACCAGACUUCCAGGAGGUGGAGGAAGAAGGAAAAAGGAGAAGAGGAAGUUCUUCACCCAACGUGAAGGAAAAAAAGGAGAGCAUGAGACAAAAUGCGCUUUCCACCUUUUUUUCUACUGAUGCUUCUUUUUUAACAAACACUAGUUCCGCCAUGUUUUCAGCAUUUGAGCUGUGCAGCGUGGUAGGGGCUAGCUGAGCUUGUUUGAAGCUUUGCUGCACCCAUAUUAAAAAAAAAAAAAAAAAGUAUACCAAAACCAAGGAGGUCAUUGUGCAGACAGGCCACCGGAGGGAGCCACCUGCAAAGGUACCUUCUACUGCAAAGCACACUAGACCCAUCUGCAGACCGCAUGUGUGUGUGUCUAUAUGUAUGUGUGUCUGUAUGCAUAUACAUAUAUAUGGCAAAUGCAUAUUUAAAGAAUAAGGAACUAUUUAUCGGCAUGAUAUUUCCAUUCCUCUCACCAGGCCUUCUCCUUUUGAAGUUUCAUUUUUUGGAUGUAGCAAGGCUCUUUUCAGGGAAUGAGACUGCAAGAACAUCCUCUCGGUACUGGACUUCCCUCCCCAAGCCCCUGACCUGAGGAUCUCCAUGCCUGACCCUGCCAAGAUUCCAGAGGAGGCAGUCUGGGGAGCGUUGUGCAAGACCUAGAGGCCUUGCACUUAGAACCUUUGCACUUUGAGACCUCUGCUUGUAGAGGAAAAAGACUUUUCAAUGGCAUUUUUUUAAAAAGAAAAAUACCAAAGUAUUGAUGACAGUGGUCCCCUCCAGUACAAAGCAAAUCAAGUUUUGGUUUUGGCUUCCUUCCACUUCAUUUCCGACACCUUCGUUUUUGCUGGUGGCUUUCUUUGUCCAACUUUGAAAGCAUGAAGAACCCUAGGAGUAAGGUGAUAGAGCAGAGACAGACAGCAGGCCUAACCUCUACGGAGGCCACCUGAGAAAGAAGGGUCACCAAAAUCAAGAUGCCAACUGUGAGGACAGUCCAGGUUCAUCUCUGUCAUUCCUCUCGAUUUGCACUUUGUGCUUUGGCAAAUGGCAGGGACCACCUCUGCCAGGGCAUGGGCGUGCUACCCACCAAAGCAUGCUUCCAACCCCGGUCUUCUUGCCCAUGGGGUAAAUACAACCCAGAGGGCAACACUAUAGAAACAUGGCCUCUUGGAAAAAUGGCCUCCAUCACUGUUGCCGUUUUUUUUUUUUUUUCUGUCUGGGCCUAUGGGGGCUGAGCACAGGGUUCGCAGGGCUUGGUCCCACCUAGGCAGGCAAGGCUAAAGCAAGGUCUGGGCUCCAGGAGCCUGCCCCAUCACUGUAGUCCCCCACUGUGCCAAGCCUGCUUUCCUAGAAAGAGCGCCAGCCUGGGGGAAGAAGGCAGAGGAGAGGGGUCUAAUGCCUGCUGCCCUGCAGGGAAACCCACGCUAAUGAGUCUCUUCCUAGUGGUAACCUGCCCCUCCCUUGUGCUCUUCGGCCCUGAAUCCGGACACCCACAAUGACAUCCUGCCCUUGAGGGUCCUUCACCUUGUGAACUCAUGGCUUCCUGAACUUCUCAGGAAGAUGUCUAGAAUCUCACUCCACUCCCACACAAGCCUGUCACUUGGGCCUGAGGUUUUGUGCCAGGAGACAGAUGUAAGCUUAGAGAUGGAGGGGUAAGGACAGGCACCCUCAGGAGCUGCAUUUGCUCCACUCCCAUCCCACGCCACCCCACAGAAAGCUUGUCUCAGCUCCUGGGCAUCCACACAAAGUCAAAUGAAAAUGUGCUUUGUCCUCACUGGUCACACCAAUGCCAUGUCAUCCCCUGAGCAGGAGUAGCCACAUCUCGGGCAAAAGAAUUUCAGUUACAAGAGAAACUCCACUUUAAAAUGCCAGCUACAGAUCACUUAAAGCCAUCCCUUUUUUAUAAAGGGCAUAUUGAGAAUGUUUCCCAUUUGUAAAUUGUUCCCUGAUGUCCUCGUUUAAACCACCACAACAAAAAGGCAACUUGGCUUGCUGAGGGUCUUUGUGUUCUUCAACAAGAAAUCGAAAUGUGGAGUAUUGCGGUUGAAGUGGGUCAGCUGUGCCCAGCUAUGCUCAUGAGCUUCUUGCCAUCCUCUGUUAUAGACACACAGAUAGAGCAAAUGGCCACUAUAUAUUUAAAAACCAACCCUCAAUGCUGCUGUCUAAAGUUGCCUGAUGUCAGUGUCGACUGUGUGAUACCCAGGCUGCCUUUGUGCUGAGCUGUGGGGUUCAUUCGUUCUGGGUCUUGUACAGUCUUCAGGCCGAAGAGACCUGUCUCACUGGAAGCUUCUCUUUAUAAAGCAUUAUACUAUAUGGAAUGGCUUAGUCAACUGUGUUCAGUUCAUAAAUAUGUUUUACAUUUUUAUCUGCCUGUUAUAAAAAUGAACAAAAUAUCUUAAUGAGAAAGACCACAGAUGUAUAAUAAAGUCUGUAGUUGAAUUUCUUAAUUUAAAGAAUAGACCAAAAUUUCUGUGUAUAAAAGAAAAUGAAAGGCUCCUACAAUCUUGGUCUGGGUCACAUGUGUGAUUUAUUAUUUGUCAACUUCCCAUGUGGAACCAAACAAAAGGUACCUGUAUGUCACUGAACCAAGGUGGGAGAAGCCACAGGCGUGGCCUCUCUUGUGGACUGCUGCCCUGCUGACUUCUAUGGCAAGAAGGAACACUGGCUCCGUGGGCAAAAGGUGCCCCACCUGUGGCGCCUCCCACUGACUGAUUUCACCAGGUAAAGCCUGCUGUGACUAUCCAGGUCAGUGUCCUUGGAUGGGUCAAUGGGAGAAUUCAGAACUUUUUUACCUUUCCAAACGUUAACUCCAUGCCAUUUCCCUCCAACUUUCCACUCCUCCUCCCCAGUCCCCUCUUCCUUUGUCUGUCAGCAAUGCUUGGACUACUCCCAUCUUUUAGGUAUUGUGAAUAAUACUACUGUGAACCUGCGUGCACAA